AUGUUAUGUAUAAUCAUAAUGCAACACAGAGUUCUUGCUUCCAUGUAUUUAUCAAGUAGGGACAGCUUGCUUACAGACACACUACAGUUAACAACCAAAAAAAAAAAAAAUAAUAAUAAUAAUAAUAAAACAUUUUAAGAAAUAAUAUCCAUAAUAUCCUUUUACAUGUUUCAAUUAUUCAUCUUCAAUAAUUAAAUUUAAAUAAAAAAUAAUAAUAAUAAAAAAAAUCCAUUGACUUUAAAAAAGAAGAAGACAAAUACAUAAAAUAUCUUUACUUACAAAUUAUUGCAGCUGGCAAAAGACAGUGUCUCUUCGUAGGUACCAUUUUUCACAGAAUAAUACUAGUAAUCAAAAAGGUGGGUUGAGAUCUAAGGAGUUUUUGGUGUUGGAAUUCCCUUCAAUAGUGACGUCAUAACUGGUAUUUCCCCAUGACCUACUGUUUUGUGCUUUUGUGAAACUCACUGUUUCUGUCUGUUUCAGUUUCAUAAAAAUACAGUUUUACAAGGACACUAAAGGAAACUUUUACUACGGGAGGAUAAUGGACAAGUGUUCUACCGAUCAGCUGAGUAUUUCUUGGCAUGACAGUGCCUGGAUUCUGAUAAACCAAACUAAUGUUUUGGACUACUUCUCGGAACGGUCGAACCCAUUUUAUGACAACAAGUGCAACAAUGAACAGAUUAAGAUGCAGAGACUCAGCAUGGACCAGCUCAAUAACAUGGUUGGAAAUGAGUACAUAUUGCUGCAUGUUCAAGAACCUAUUCUUUAUGUAAUCAGAAAACAGUAUCGGCAUUCCCCAACACAAGCCACCCCCAUCGCUGAUUACUACAUCAUUGCGGGUGUGGUCUAUCAGGCGCCUGAUUUGUGUUCUGUGAUCAACUCAAGACUGUUAAACACCGUACACAAUUUGCAAUCUGCAUUUGAUGAAGCUCAUUCCUUCUCCAAAUACCAUCCAUCUAAAGGUUACUGGUGGGAUUUUAAAAACCAGGAAGAGAAAGAAGGGAUUGAUGAAUGUUUACAUUCACAGACAAACCAGAAAACAAAGAGAAGAAAAAGAAGAAAGAAGAACCAUCGUCCCUGUUCCAGAGACAGCGAGUUGAUAUGUUGCUCGCUGAACUGGGCAAGAAAUACCCACCCCAGUUUAUAGCACCGUCUCAACCAGAACCCAAAGAAGAACCUGCAAAAGUUGAAGUGAAGACAGAAGUGAAAACAGAAAAACAAGAAGAUAAAAACAAUACAUCCAUGAAGCCACCUCCAGAAAAAAGAGCUAAAUUAAUGAGAUAACGGACAGUUGUAAUAGUGAAUUGAACUACUAUUUAACUGGGUAAAACAAUGUCUGCCGUCAGUGAGAUCAUGUCUCUGGACAUGACAGACAUUUGUUUACUUACUCCCACAAACCUUGAUGACGUCACACAUUUUCAAAUGUGCAUUUUAUUACAUGCAAUAAAAACAUCUACCGAAACAGGGCACACAACAGUAGGUACUGUACAUUGUGGGUGAAUGAAUGGAUUGGGUGGUGUUUACAAGUCUCACAAGUUUAAUAUAUCAUGGGUGAAUGAAUGGAUUGUUGUGUUUGCGAGUCUCAUAAGUUUAAUACAUCAUCAAUGAAUGAAUGGAUUGUGUUGUGUUUGUGAGUCUUGUAAGUUUAAUACAUCGUCAAUGAAUGAAUGGAUUGUGUUGUGUUUGUGAGUCUCAUAAGUUUAAUACAUCGUCAAUGAAUGAAUGGAUUGUGUUGUAUUUGUGAGUCUCAUAAGUUUAAUACAUCGUCAGUGAAUGAAUGGAUUGUAUUGUUUGUGAGUCACAUAAGUUUAAUAAAUCAUGAAUGAA